AUGAUCUUCGCUACGAGUUGCCCGGCGGAGCAUAGGGCCGGGGCGGACGGCGCCGCGGGACGCCAACACAGACCCGCCAAGGGCACGUCGAGCCAGAAGCCGCAGCCGUUCGACCCGGACGAGCUGACGAGGAGGCUCGUUCCCGUCCUCGAGGCGCAGAGAGCACAUUCGGAGAGGAAGAAGCGUGCUCGGGCGGAAGCGGAAAGGAGGGCCAAGGGUAAGACAAGGGACCUGGCGAUCAAGGAGAGGAUACCGAGCCACUUGGUGCAGGGCCAUGGGGCGUCGAGGAAAGGAGCACACGCCACCGGCGCCAAGAUGGUAUCGGAUUCCGCCAAGAGGGACGGCGAGCACGGCCAUCCGUCGAGCCAUCCGUCGAGCCAUCCGUCGAGCCAUCCGUAUGUUCCACAGGUGGCCGCCGCCCAGUUCAGGCGAACGACGAGCCUCGAGGGCGGCCUGUCGGAGAGACCUCACGGCCACACGCUGCCCAAGGGCGCGGCGAGAUCCCUGCGAGAUGACGGCGGGGCGAAUCGCAGACCGCCGGGCACGAAGCGAGAUGGUGAGCCCUCGUCGCGGCCGUCCCACGAGCGCCAUCACGGACGCGACCAGUUCCCGCCCACCUCUACUCUCGGACCGACGGCCGAGGUCGAUGAGAAGCCGGCCGGCCUCUCGUACCGGCAUACCUUCGAGACGCACGUCAAGGGUAAAGCACAGGACGGAAGGGCCGUCAGGCGGAGGAGCACGGGCAACAUCCUUCGCAGAUUGGACCAUCCACCGAUAGGCUCGUCGGAGACGCCGGCUGGUCUAGUUCCUAUCGAGAGGCGAGACAGCCAGGAGCACAUCAAAAGUCCUCUUGAGCAUCAGCGCGUCGAUUGGACGCAGAGCGACGAGGCUCAAGCCCAAGCAAGCUCCAUGGCCGCCGCGCCACCGGACCCCUUGCGAAAGCAUGACGCGAGAUGGACGCUGCGGGACCGGCUCGGCAGCUUCACCAAGCACGGCAAGCACGUCAAGACUCCGAGCAAGGAUCAGGGCGUGGCGGGCAUGUCAAAAUCGCCCGUCGCCGGCUUCCUGGCGCGAUUCAAGCGUUAG